AUGUGUAUUUUUAACGUGGAUCGUAUACAUCCUACAAUUUCCCAUCAUACUAUUAUUGUCGCUAAUCGGAAUACUCAAACGGAUUGGUGCCGGAUGAAUCAAAAAAUUCAAAUAGGCGUAAAAAUGCGACAUGCUGCUAUACAGAGUAAAGAGACGCAGGUAAAGGAGAGGACAAAACAUGUCACAACGAAAGAUGCAGCCGUUCAACUUUCUAAAAGAAUUUCUCGGCAACAAUUAACGGAAAUAAUUGGUGAAAUAAUUAACCAAAUUUUGGCUGCCAAUGAGAAAAAUCAACAAUUGCACAAACAUUCUGGCAAUAAGUUAUCAGUUUUGCGUGAGAAUUCAAAUCGAAUUAAAUCUGGUAAUCAAUCGCAAAGGAAGAUUAAUUUAUCGAAGAAAUCAAUGAGUAAAGGUGCGGAAUACUUCAAUAAUGCAACAUAUCAAAGGUUGCCUAUGUUAAAAUUGGCCAAUUUAAAUGGCAAUUAUCCAAAAUGGAAUAUAGGAAACAGAUCAAGAAUUAUCAAUGGAUCAAAUCAAUUUCGGGGUCAACAUAAUGCAAAUAUUAUUACAAAUUCAUCAAAUAGCUAUAAUGCUAUUUGUCGGCGACAAUUGUUGCAUAAGUUAGAUCAAUUAAUUGCUCAAAAAAUGUUAACACUACAAAAGAUGCAUAUGAUUAAAUCGGCUGAACUAAAAGAUAAAUCAAAAAAUUCGAAGCAAAAAAUAGAACGACUUUGUCGAAUAUCUGCUAAUCCAUCAUGUCGAUCACAUAAACGAUUGCUUAAUACAACAUUAUCAUCCAUAGACAAAAAUACGGCUAAUAUUUCAACGUUAAAUGAGAAUUGGCCAUUAAAAGGACCAAUAAAUCAAAAUUUAAUUAUUCCUAAUAAAACUAUUAGUAAUAAUAACAGUGACAAAAGUAGCGGUUACUCUAAUCGUAGCAAAUUAGCAUCAUCGAUGACAAUGGAAAGUGAAUAUACUUCUGGUUCAACUACUCGAAAUUCUAUUGGAAAAUUCAAAAAACAUUUGGUAACCGAAAAAAGAAGGAAUUCUGAUAAUACAAUCACUGAGAGUGAUUCGGAAACGUCAUCAGAUAAUGAUGGUACUGAUAUUGAUUCUGGUGAUAACAAUAACGCUGAUAAUCAUAAUAGGAAGAGUUCAACAGCUUAUACAGUUAGCAGUGAAUUUUCAAGUGAAGCUUCAACAAUUACUGAACUUCCAUCCAUUAAAUAA